AUGAGGGAAAAGCAAGGAGGAAAGUCUACUGAACGGUCUGCAGCAUGUAAGUUGUGUGGCAAGACGUUCGCCCGCUCCGACACUCUGCUUCGGCAUGAGAAAAAUCAUCAUUCCACCCAAGACCGAGGACCCCUCCAUCGAGUCACUACUGGGACAUUCCGAGCUUGCCAUGCCUGCGCAACGGCCAGAUCCAGGUGCUCGGGGGGGUUCCCAUGUGGCAGGUGCAACCUUCGCCAGCUCGAGUGUGUCUAUCCAAACAAACGUCGGAAGACGUCAUUGUCGACCGACCCAGGGAAGACCAAAGACGACGAGGCCACGAAGCAGCAAAUACUCGGGAACUUCGACCAGUUAGUCUUCGCUGCUGAUGGCCGGGAUCAGCUGUCCGUAAAUAUCCCUCCGAGCGUAGACACAUUGUCCACCUCGACAGCGUUUCCAGGCUCCUCUCAAACUGCACAAGCUCCUGCAUCGUCGACCUACGAACUGGGAGACCACUCGGUUGGUCAAGGCGGGCAACCGAGCUUGAGCUUUGGUGCAAUAGACUCGGGCGCAGUCCAAAUGCUACGGCACGAACAAUUUAGGAAUGACUACCUCGCCCCGCAGAUCAGUCCUGGACUUGUUGAGCCUACGGCGGCUUUCGAAUAUAACACCUUUGACGAACCUCUCAAUUGGAUACCUCCCAGCAUUUACCCGUCCCCAUACGAUGCAGAGCUUGAACAGGAUUUCGCUUUUAUUCUCCCCACAUUGUCCAGCAAUUUGGACGCCGACUACAUGGUGGACUUCUCAAUCAAUCCACCUGGAGACACCUAUUCGGCCGGUGAAGACUUCACCCACAAAUCGUCCGAGACUCGAGGGUCUCGUGCCCCACUCGUGGCUGUUGACCAGAGUCCUUCAUCUUCAACGAGUGACGGCAUACACAUGACCAAAUCGGUCCACGGCAGCUCUGCCAGCUCAGACUUGAAACGCAAGAAAAGGAAAAACUCCCUCCUACCCGAUAUUUUCACCCAACCCAGAACACGGAGCACCGGCUACGCAUUUCCAGAGGUGGCAGACUUCUGGAGUCAAACGUUGACGAAUGACACCGCCGAAUACUGUCCUGGGGCUAGCUACGACUUGAUUUUGAAUGGCUUUCGAAAUCUAUGCAUAGAGACGAAGUCGCCAGCCCCUUUCCAGAGCUCUGCUUUUCCACCCUUGUAUGUGCUCAAUGUUUGCAUUGAUCAUUAUUUCGAGGACUUCCACAAGAAUUUCCCUCUCCUACACCAACCUUCGUUCGGGCCACAAUCUCAUUGGAUAGUGGUUCUUGCUGUUGCGACAAUCGGCAGUUCCUUUGUCAAAUGCUCGUACGGUCUGGAUGUUCGAGAAGCGUUUCAGGAAUUUCUUCGCCGAGCCAUUGACAGUUACGCAGAUGGAGUACCAGAUGCUGCACUGGAGAUUGCAUUGGCCCAAGCUCGCAUCUUAAAUCUCGUCGGCCUGGUCCAAUCGGACCGCGAGCAGCUGAGAGCCCUGUCGCCACGCUAUCAUGCAGAUCUCUCACGGUGGUGUCUGGAAUCUGGAGUGUUACAGCUAUCUGCGAAAGGCGAUCUGCUCGAUAGCGAAGGAAAUGGCGAGAGUGCUGAGGAUCGCGCGCGAUCGUGGCCAAAAUGGAUCAGGGUCGAGUCGUUGCGGCGUGUGGGUUAUAUGGCUUGGUUACUGGAUUGUUGCCUCGGCUAUAUGGCGAAUGCACGUCCACUCUGUAACAUGGACGAUGCAAGAACUCCUCUUCCCUGUUCCGAAUCCGCUUGGAACGCCACAACUCCAGAGCUCUGGGCGGAGAGAACCCAAGGAUUGGCGGAGACACCCUCCCUCUGCGCAGCCCUCGAGACGCUCUACAGCAAGAAACAUGUCGAUCCGGAGUACAGCGAGUUGUCACAGACCUUGCUGAUCCACUCUCUUUAUCAACGAACGUGGGAAGUGGGGACACACAUCAAACAGCCGCUAAGCGAAUGGGUUCCAACAGGCAAAGCUCGCGGCUUCUUAAACACACCAUCAAAGGACAACUUCUGGCUCCCGCUCUACCCACUCUAUGCAAACUGGCGCAACAGCGCCUGCGAUUGCCUUGACGUGCUUCAUUGGCAAGCGUCGAGCAUUGUUGCCAAGGCCUCGGGUCUUGAACACGGGGUCAUCCUUCAUCUUCACCUCGCCCGUAUCGUGCUCCUAACACCCUUCCAGGAGAUACAGGACUUGCUGUUCUCCUUGAUCGGUAAAGUGGGGAGCUCUCCAAAGGCAUCAUUCUACGUUCAUGAUGGCAGCUACCAACCGCGCAACAGCGCUAAGCUGCCCCAGAUCCGCAAGAUAACGUGGCGAUGGCUCCGAGAAGAUCAACACAAGGCUCGUCUUGCCAUGGUGCAUGCUGGCUCCGUCUUCUGGUACGUUCGCCGGUACUCCGCCAUGAGUUUCUUCGAGCCGAUUGCUGUGUAUCUGGCUAGCUUGGUGCUCUGGACGUAUGGGUCCUAUAAGUCGACUGCCUUUGAGCGCGAUGCUGCUGCUGCCAGCCAGAACCCCGAAGGCGGCCCAAGCGGACCAGACGCGGGCGCUCCCAUCCAGCCGUCUCGCAUGGAGAGGAAAGAACAUCCGAUCAAAUUCAUCGCAAAGGCCAGCAUACGGCCAGGCACAGCUGCCGGCCCAUCAAUUCCGCCGCAUUCUGCGUCUCACGAAUCGCCUGCCGAUCGACGUUCCUCGGAUAAGAAAUCCGUAUCAGCCAUGCUAGAGGAAAGGACAGCUAGCUCAAGAUCACCUCCGACGCCCGGCUCUGACUCGGAUACCGACGAAGACUCUUCCUCCUCAGAUGAGCGACCCGAGUUCAUCCAUUUGGACCGUCCCUGUGAUGACGAGAUGGUGCAACACUUUGUGCGCAACGGGCACACCAUGUCUGGGCACAUGACGAAUGUGGGCGAUAUCUGCAAGGCACCACAGAAGGUACUGUUGGAAGGAGCAAAAUUAUUGAGAACAAGACUGGCCUGUUGGGGCGUCAGUCGAGAAUACCACGAUAUUUUGAUGAAGCUGGCAGAGUUGAGGAAAGCGAGUUGA